CCUUAGAAAGGAAAUUAACCAAUUGGACUUAUCAAUUCUGUUUCCCAUCGUACGUAUAAGAACGGUGGAUUAAGACAUCUCUGAGCGCUUUCUGGCCCAAAAAAAAGAAAACUAUCUGUGAGCACUUACAAUAGCAGGUGAUUGAAGCACCCUUCUUGAAGUCAAGAUGAACAUAUUGGCUAACAGCAAUAUCUGUUAUGUGACUCCCAGCAUCGCUCAUCCUAUUCAUGCAAUGGCGGCUGCGUUUAACUAGCAACCUCAAAACUUCAACAACAAUGGUGACAAAGCUUCUGACUUUCUUUCACAGACAAGUUUCUGUUUCUCUUACCAAGAGGGAACCUUACCUUCAAUUGAGAUCUCUGUCUUACUUUACUGACCAACCUUUUGAAUACCCUUCGUUGGACCCUUCUUUAGCUUCACUGCACUCAGUUUCUUCAAACCCGUGUUUUGCUCUCCUGAGUUUUUGCAAAAACAUUGAUUGUCUCAAGGAAGUCCACGCCUUGUUCAUUAUAAAUGGAAUCAAAGGUGACCUUUUGUGUGAUACCAAAUUGGUUAGCCUUUAUGGAUCAUUUGGGCAUGUUGGUUAUGCCGGGUCAGUGUUUGAUCGAAUUCCUGAACCAGAUUUUUAUUCCUGGAAAGUGAUGAUCAGGUGGUACUUUUUGAAUGAUUUGUACACGGAAAUUAUUGGGUUUUAUGGUCGUAUGAGAAUGAGUGUUAGGGGGUUUGAUAAUGUUGUCUUUUCGGUCGUCUUAAAGGCAUGUAGCGAAUUGCAGGAUAUUAAUGAAGGAAGGAAAGUGCAUUGCGAUGUUGUCAAGGUAGGGAAUCCUGAUAGUUUCGUUCAAACCGGUCUUGUUGAUAUGUAUGCCAAAUGUCGACAAAUCAAAUGUGCGCGUAAGGUUUUUGGUGAAAUUUUUUAUAGAAAUGUGGUUUCUUGGACUUCAAUGCUUGCAGGGUAUGUACAAAAUAAUUGCUCUAAAGAAGCAUUAGUUUUGUUUAAUAGAAUGAGAGAAGCAAUGGUUGAGAGUAACCAAUUCACGUUAGGGAGCUUAGUGACUGCUUGUGGGAAGUUAGGGGCUUUGCAUCAGGGGAAAUGGGUGCAUGGAUAUAUUAUUAAGACUGGUAUAGAACUUAAUUCUUACUUGGUGACUGCUAUUCUAGACAUGUAUGUUAAGUGUGGUAGUCUACGAGAUGCUCGUUCUGCAUUUGAUGCACUUCCUUCUGUUGAUCUUGUCUCAUGGACUGCGAUGAUUGUUGGAUAUUCUCAGAGUGGGUUUCCUGAUGAGGCUUUGAAGUUGUUUGUUGAUAAGAGAAGGUUUGGGAUAUUGCCUAAUGCUGUUACUAUUGCAAGUUUGCUUUCUGCAUGCGCGCAGUUGAGCAAUUUGAGUGCAGGGAGGUUAGUUCAUUCUUUGGGGAUUCAGCUUGGGCUAAUAGAUCCAACAGUGAUAAACGCUCUAGUGGACAUGUAUGCAAAGUGUGGAGUGAUUAGAGCUGCUAGUUACAUAUUUGAGACGGUCUCGGAUAAGAAUUUAAUUGCCUGGAACUCGAUCCUCUCUGGUUAUUCCCAAAAUGGGUUAGCAUAUGACGCACUCGAACUGUUUCAUCAAAUGAGGUCCAAUUCUGUCUCACCUGAUGCUGUCACUUUGGUCAGCAUAUUCUCAGCCUGUGCUUCAGUAGGUGCUUUCCAAGUUGGUUCCUCCCUUCAUGCUUACACCAUGAAAAAUGGCUUACUAUCGUCUAGUGUUUAUGUUGGCACUGCACUUUUGAAUUUCUAUGCUAAAUGUGGGGAUUCUAAAUCUGCUCGUGUCGUAUUUGACAAUAUGGGAGAGAAAAACACUGUGACGUGGAGUGCAAUGAUUGGUGGUUAUGGAAUUCAAGGGGACAGCUGCGGCUCUCUUGCACUUUUUAAUGAUAUGGUUAAAGAAAAUUUAGAGCCAAAUGAAGUAAUCUUCACGGCGAUUUUAUCUGCUUGUGGCCAUACAGGGAGGCUCGGGGAAGGAUGGAAAUAUUUCAAUUCAAUGUGCAAGGACUAUAAGUUUGUUCCUUCUAUGAAGCACUAUGCAUGCGUGGUUGAUAUGUUGGCCCGUGCUGGAAGACUCGAAGAAGCUCUGGAUUUUAUCAACAAACUGCCUAUUAAACCAGAUCUUAGCUUGUUUGGGGCUCUUCUUCAUGGAUGUGGACUCCAUUCAAGAUUCGAUCUCGGAGAGGUGGCUAUCAAGAAAAUGCUCGAUAUACAUCCUGAUAAGGCUUGUUAUUAUGUGCUUAUUUCUAACUUGUAUGCCUUGGAUGGAAGAUGGAGUCAGGUUAAUGAGGUAAGGGAAUUGAUGAAGCAGAGAGGGUUGAGCAAAGACCCUGGUUGUAGCAUCACAGAGAUGGAAAAUAAUAAUACCCUUUCAUUUUCUGGAGUAGCAUGUCCUGCUUAGUCUUUUACGAGCAUUGCUAGAGUCGAUUGGAACUUAUUGUGAAAACUGAAGGCAAUCAGGGACAGUGUUGAACUUAUGAAGAUUCUCUAAAAGACAUGUUGAAUUCUGGACGUUGGUUUGUACAAGAACUUGUGGCUGGUUCAAGUUGAACUGUCUCGAGCACAAAUUCCAAAUAGCUUGGAUCUUCAAUGGGUAUAGGCUACGAAUCUCAUGGCAAGAAAUUAAGGUAGUGACUGAGAAGAUGAGUUUUGGGUUUUACUCUAAAUAUGAACAUGAAUAGUUAGGCAUAUUAGCAACCAUCAAGUCCUGUAAAACCACUGUGCAUUGCUGCACAGAUUCCAUCUUCCAUAGACAUGGAAACAUGAGAUGUUAUCUAGCACUAAAUAAAUAAUAAUCUAUGACUGUUAUCAA